GGAAAGAAGGUGGGAGACACCUGUUGGGGAGCUGAGAGCGGCAGAGCCCACAGGGGCCUCUCCCCAUGCGCCCCGCCCGCCCUGCCCCGCUCGGGUCCCGCCCCCGCGGCCGCCGCAAGCAGCGCGGCGAGUGAGCGCACAGCCGCCAGAGGAGCACAGGGCGGCGGGAGCGCACCGCCGGGACCCAGCCGAGGCCAGGGCCGCCUGGGAGGCGGGCGGAGCAAAGGCAGCGCCGUGGAGACGCCAGGGGCAGCGGGCCACGCCAGGCAGGCGGCCCUUUCCUCCGGGUCCCGCCUGGUACCAGGGCCCCCCUCAGCUGGGGGACUGCGCCUGGAAGCUGUCAUGGAGGCCCUGCAGAAGCAGCAGGCAGCUCGGCUGGCCCAGGGGGUGGGGCCAUUGGCCCCUGCAUGCCCGCUGCUGCCACCGCGGCCUCCCCUGCCUGACCACCGGACCCUACAGGCCCCUGAGGGGGCCUUGGGGAAUGUUGGGGCUGAGGAAGAGGAAGAUGCUGAAGAAGAUGAGGAGAAGCGGGAGGAAGCCGGGGCAGAGGAGGAGGCAGCUGAGGAGAGCUGUCCAGGGGCCCAGGGCCCCAGCUCGCCUUCUAGCCAGCCCCCUGGACUCCAUCCCCACGAGUGGACCUACGAGGAACAAUUCAAGCAGCUGUAUGAGCUCGAUGCAGACCCCAAGAGGAAGGAAUUUCUGGAUGACCUGUUUAGCUUCAUGCAAAAGAGGGGGACGCCAGUGAACCGCGUGCCCAUCAUGGCGAAGCAGGUGCUCGACCUGUACGCUCUGUUUCGCCUGGUGACCGCUAAGGGCGGCCUGGUGGAAGUCAUCAACCGCAAAGUGUGGCGGGAAGUCACGCGCGGCCUCAGCCUACCCACCACCAUCACCUCAGCCGCCUUCACUCUACGCACCCAGUACAUGAAGUACCUGUACCCGUACGAGUGCGAGACUCGAGCGCUCAGCUCCCCAGGGGAGCUCCAGGCCGCCAUAGACAGCAAUCGGCGCGAGGGCCGUCGCCAGGCUUACCCGGCUACUCCGCUCUUCGGCUUGGCAGGGCCGCCCCCUCGGGGCGCUCAGGACCCAGCUUUGGGUCCCGGCCCCGCCCCUCCGGCGACCCAGUCCAGCCCUGGCCCAGCCCAGGGUUCCGCCUCCGGCCUGCCAGCGCAUGCAUGCGCUCAGCUGAGUCCAAGCCCUAUUAAGAAAGAGGAGAGUGGAAUUCCAACCCCUCGCCUGGCACUGCCUGUGGGCCUGGCACUGGGACCUACACGGGAAAAAUUGGCACCAGAGGAGCCCCCAGAGAAGAGAGCUGUUCUGAUGGGGCCUAUGGACCCACCUCGACCUGGCAUGCCCCCCAGUUUCCUGCCCCGUGGCAAGGUUCCCCUGAGGGGUGAGGAGGGGCUUGUUGUGAGGGGGCUUCGGGACUGUACACUGAGGGAGGAUUGACCCAUCACCUGAUAGGUGUUAGAGACAGGGCAGACAGAUUCCUCUAUAGACAACUGUGUGAGUAUAGGUGUGGGGCUGAAGUGGAAUGGGGGCUGUCUACGGGGAUGGAGGGGGGAAAUUCUAUUAAUAAGUCUGAAGUCUGAUUCUCCAAAAUGUGAUUCCUCUGCCCCCUCCUGGACAGAAGAGCGGCUGGAUGGGCCUCUUAAUCUGGCAGGCAGUGGCAUCAGCAGUAUCAACAUGGCCCUAGAGAUCAACGGGGUGGUCUACACUGGUAUGGGUACUGCAGGCUGUCUACACUGGCAUGGGGUCAGGGGUAUUUAGGCUGGCAUGGGGAUUUUAGACUUCCUCUACUAGCAUGAAGUUCAGGGAUAUCUAAACUUGCAUGGGUAACAUGGGGUUCAGGGGAUUGCUAGACUGGCAUGGGUUAAAGGGGGUGUCUACAUGGCAUGGGAUCCAAGGCAUGACCUCUCUGGCAUGAGUACCAGGGGAUGUCUGCCUUGUCUUGGGCCUAUGUAUCAGCAUAAAUAUUCCUUGUUUACCUGUUUGAGGUAUCUACAUUAGCAAUGGAGUCUCUUACUGACCCAAGGAGCUUGUCCUCAUUGGUUUGUGGCAGGGGUACGUGUGUAGUUUUCUAGCAACCAGAACACUUACUUUUGUUCCCCUCUUCUGUUUCCAUACCCUACCCCCUCCUGCUUGUUUUUGCCCUCUACCAUCUCCUCACCCCUUUGCCAGGUGUCCUCUUUGCCCGCCGCCAGCCUGUGCCAGCUUCCCAGGGUCCAACCAACCCUGCACCCUCACCCUCCACAGGGCCCCCUUCCAGCACCUUGCCCUGAGAGGUCCUACUUGAAACUAAGAGUCCCAGCCCCAUUGCUGAGGGGGGAGGAGACCGCCUGCUUUGAUUCUUUCUGGCUGCCCACUCUGGGACCCAGCCCUGGGAGGGGACCACACCUCCCAUGCCAUGUGGAUUUAAAACCAAAGUUUCUUUUGAUGUUACACCUACCUCAUUGUAAAGGGAGGGCACCUCCUCCCUGGCCAAUUCCAGCAGCAUCUACCAAAGGGUUCUUCCUCCAGUAACCCCAUCAUCUCC